AUGUCCCUGUGUGAGGUUUCUCUUCAGCAACAACUUGAUAAUAAUAAUGUUUUGAAUAUAAAGUCAGCCGCACAGGAAAGUUUCAAUGCUGCUUUAGCCAAAGGGGAGUUUUUGUUAUAUGAAAACAAUAUUGUAUCUGCAUAUGAAAAUGUUGGAAACAAAGAUUUUCUACAAAAUUUCCUUACAAUUGUCAAUGAAUGUCCACUGUUUGACUGUGUAGAAGAUACUGGCAAGCAGAGAUAUAUACCCUACAGUUUAGUCUGCGACCACGUUGACCAUUGUAGCAACAGACGAGACGAAAAGUAUUGCUUUCAACAGGACAACGUUUACUCUCCCACUGAGCAAGAAUGUGCACCUAACAGACGUUGCUUGGAGGGUCCCUGUUUGCCUAUCCAGUAUUUCAAUGAUGGGGAGCUAGACUGUAUUGUUUACAACCCCAAACGCAUGACGGAUGAGAACCCGGCUCACGAUGUAUACCUGAAAGAUUACAAAACAUGUGCUCUUAUUUGCAACUUUGACACUUGUAUAAAUAUGACUCAACUAAACGAUGGCGUUGAUGACUGUAGAGGACUUGACAGUUUGGAUGAGACGAUAGGAAAACUGCCAGCUGUCAACGCAUGUGUAAGCAGCGAGGGUAAAUUGACAUGGGCUCCUAAAUGUGUUUACAUCAAAGACAUUUACGGCGGUGUCGUAGGUUGUAGAGACAUGUCCCAUCUCAGUGACUGUGAGAACUUCACGUGUGGUCAGGGAUAUGUAAAAUGCUUCAACUCGUACUGCAUCCCUCAACACUAUCUUCUUGACAUGAAAGCUGACUGUCCUACAGGAGAGGACGAGCAGCCGUUCAACACUGGGCCAUGUACAGGACAUUUCGCUUGCUGGGACAGUAGAGUUUGUCUUCAUGCAGAUUUCGUUUGUGAUGGACAUGCAGAUUGUCCACACAAAGACGAUGAACUAAAUUGUCACACACUGUGUCCUGAAGGUUUUCGUUGUACCGCUGGCACAGUGUCAGUAACACUGUCAAAGUCUUUAGAUCUGGACAGUUUCACUGACAUAGGCGCACGUACCAGGUACCUGAAUUUGUUAGGAAUAGAUUUAUCUCAAACAGAAUAUUUGUUUUAUCAAGUUAAACAAAGGUUUCCAAAAGUAGUUGCUCUGAUCCUUUCUAAAUGCAGCAUCAGUAAUAUAGACUUCUAUGAAAAUGAAACCUCCAAUCAAUAUCCACCUUUUAAUAUUCAAAGUCUAGAUAUUAGUUAUAAUAUGAUUCAAGAAAUCUUCAACAAUGAAGUUUUCAGUGAUAUGCUCCCGUAUAUUCAUAACCUCAAUGUGUCUUACAACAAACGUCUAAUUUCCCUGAAACAUCUGCGUUUCACUUUUCUUGAGGUACUGGAUCUUUCUCACACCGGGCUUUCAUACCUACACGACCUUGUGUUUGCAGGGUUGCCUCGCUUGAAACAUCUUAACAUAAGUUACACUCUGGUUUCAGAUUUCAGCAGGCAGUAUUUCCCAGCAGACCUAACUCUACAUACUCUGGAUUUACAAGGACUCCUCAUCGAGCGACUUCAGGCAGAUUUGUUUCACGGAGUCGCAGUUAGUCAGAAUCUCUAUACAGAUCAAUAUCAGGUUUGCUGUCCUAAAGUCAGAGGCUCCAAUAUCCCAGCUCAUGCAUGUAAGUCUCCCACAGAAGCCAUUUCUUCAUGUUUUGAUCUCAUAGGGCUAUUUUUUCAGCGAGUUCUUCUCUGGCUGGUUGCCGUACUCGCUUUUAUGGGGAACACGACGGUUAUUGUAUACCGUCUAAUAUGGGACAGGUCAGUUCUGAAGAGGGGAUACGGUCUGUUUGUGACAAACUUGGGUGUGUCUGACUUUAUCAUGGGAGUCUAUUUGUUCAUUAUUGCAGGAGCUGAUCACUUCUACCGUGGCAAUUAUGUUCUCUAUGACAGAAAGUGGAGAGAAAGUAUUGCAUGCAAUUCUGCCGGUUUUAUUGCAACUCUUUCCCACGAAACAUCCACUUUAUUUACUCUACUGAUCACACUGGACAGAUUUUUAGUCAUAAAAUAUCCUUUUGGCCAAAAACGCAUUUCCAGACUUUCUAAAAUUGCUGCAGUCAUUUUUGUGUGGGUCACUGGUUUAUUGUUGUCACUGAUUCCUUUAUUAAUGAAUUUCAGUAUGUAUUCUUCUAACGCAAUGUGUCUGGGUUUGCCUUUAACAAGCGUACGAGGAAUUGGUUGGGAGUACUCAGUUGGAGUAUUUGUUUUUUUCAAUUUUAUCAUGUUUCUCUUCAUUGUUUACGGGCAAUACGCAAUUUUCCGUGCCAUCUCAGAGAACAGAAUACCCAAGACAGCAACUAACAUGUCCCGCUUACGACGUGCAGAAGAUAUAACAGUUGCCAAGCAACUGUCUCUUGUAGUUCUGUCAAAUUUUCUCUGUUGGUUUCCUAUUGGAUUGAUGGGACUUAUGUCUCUUGGCGGCCAUUAUGUCAGCGAUGAGGUUUAUGCCUGGACAACCAUUCUUCUUCUUCCCUUAAACUCCGCUGCAAACCCAAUUCUGUACACAAUCCCUGUCCUUGUGUCAAAGUGGGAAAAGUUCAAAAAUGGAGAGCAGAUCUCCUAG